CACGAGCAUACACACACACACACUCAAACACACAUAGUAUUUUACUUAACACACACAUAUUGAAGAGAGACCACACGGUGGAGCACAGCUGGUCUCAGGAUGGGCAGGAUCAUCUUCUACGAGGACAAGAACUACCAGGGUCGCAGGUAUGAGUGCGACAGCGACUCCACCGACUUCCACUCCUACCUGAGUCGCUGCAACUCGGCCCGGGUGGAGAGCGGCACCUGGGUGAUCUACGAGAGGCCCAACUACUUGGGCUACCAGUACGUCCUGACCAGAGGCGAGUACCCGGACUACCAGAGCUGGAUCGGCCUCAACGACAGAGUCCGCUCCUGCAAGAUGGUUCACUUCGCCAGCGGAGAUCCUUACAUGAUCCAGCUCUACGUUAAAGGCGACUUCGCCGGCAGGGUGUUCGAGGCGACCGAGGACUGUCCCUCCGUGCUGGAGAACUUCCACUGGAGGGAGGUGCACUCCUGCAGGGUCCUGGGAGGCUGGUGGGUGUUCUACGAGCACCCCAACUACAAGGGCCGCCAGUACCUGCUGGAGAAGGGCGAGUACCGCAAGGCGGCGGACUGGGGCGCCGUCUGCCCCACUGUGCAGUCUUUCAGGAGGCUGACCGAGUAGCUACUGUCCUUUCAUUGACGCAGCAGCAGCCACGGUUACAAUAAAACUGAAUGGCGAGAAAA